AUGACUCACGAUAACUCCUGGCCUGUUGCCCUCAAAUUCAUGUCCAUUGGAGCAACCAAGUUGCACAACCCCGACCAGAUCGUGAUGACUCUGGACCACGAUGUCCAGAACAAGUCAGAGAAGAACCUCCAGAAGUACCGUCAGAUCGAGGAGUUCGCGAAACACCAUGGAGUAGAGUUCUACCCCGCUGGAAGAGGUAUUGGACAUCAGAUCAUGGUGGAAGAGGGAUUCGCCUGGCCAGGCACACUGGUUGUUGCUUCGGACAGCCACAGCAAUAUGUAUGGUGGCAUUGGCUGCCUUGGUACCCCGGUUGUGAGAACGGACGCCGCCUCUCUUUGGUCGACAAGUCAGACUUGGUGGCAGAUUCCUCCUGUGGCGAAGAUCACCUUGACCGGUGUCUUGCCUGCGGGUGUCACUGGCAAGGAUAUCAUCGUUGCUCUCUGCGGUCUCUUUGACAAGGACAAUGUGUUGAACCAUGCGCUGGAAUUCACCGGCUCGGAGGAAACCAUGUGGAGUCUGUCGGUGGAUGACCGCCUGACCAUCGCCAACAUGACCACCGAAUGGGGUGCCCUGAGUGGACUGUUCCCGAUCGACAACACCCUCAAGGGAUGGCUCCGGGGCAAGGCUACCACAGCCGCCAUGGGAUUGGCCGAUGGUCCCUUCAAGUCCCUGGCUGCUAAGCACUUCACGCACGAGGCCCUGGAAGAGCUGUUUGCCAACCCCUUGGCGGCCGACAAGGGCGCCAAAUAUGCCAAGGAAUACUUCCUCGACCUUAGUACUCUGUCUCCCUAUGUCGCAGGACCCAACUCCGUCAAAGUCGCCACCCCAUUGAAGGAGCUGGAGGCUCAGAAUAUCAAGGUUGACAAGGCCUACCUCCUGUCCUGCACCAACUCGCGUGCCUCCGACAUCGCUGCCGCUGCGCGCGUCUUCCGGGAAGCCGCAGAGAAGAAUGGUGGCAAGGUGCCCAAGAUCGCUGACGGCGUCAAAUUCUACCUGGCUGCUGCGUCCUUGCCCGAACAAGCCGCCGCUGAAGGUGCGGGUGACUGGCAGAUCCUGAUGGAAGCGGGUGCCACCCCUCUUCCCGCUGGAUGCGGUACCUGCAUUGGUCUGGGAGAAGGUUUGCUGGAGCCGAAUGAAGUUGGUAUCUCCGCCAGCAACCGGAACUUCAAGGGCCGCAUGGGCUCUGUGGAAGCGAAAGCGUACCUGGGAAGUCCGGAGGUCGUCGCCGCGAGCGCUCUGAACGGCAAGCUCAGCGGUCCUGGCUGGUAUCAGACUCCCGAGGGCUGGAACGGAGUUGUCUAUGGUGAAGGCGACGGCAUCCGCGAGGAAGACCGCAUGCUUACGGCCGAGCAAGCUUUGGAGAAGGUUAUCGGCCAACUCGACGAGCUUGUUAUGGACGGUGAGAAGCGGUUCGCCCCGGAGGAGAGCUCUCCUUCUACCGAGGCCGCCACUGAGUUGUACCCCGGAUUCCCCGAGCGCGUCUCUGGUGAGAUCGUUUUCUGCGAUGCAGACAACGUGAACACGGACGGUAUCUACCCCGGUGCCUAUACAUAUCAAGACAACGUCUCCGAGGAGAAGAUGGCUGAAGUCUGCAUGUCGAACUACGACUCCAAGUUCUCGACCAUCGCCAAGGAGGGCGACAUCCUGGUUAGCGGCUUCAACUUUGGUUGUGGCAGCUCGCGCGAACAGGCCGCCACCGCAAUCCUGGCUAAGAAGAUCCCACUGGUGGUCUCUGGCAGUUUCGGCAACAUUUUCUCGCGGAACAGCAUCAACAACGCUCUGAUGGGUCUGGAAGUGCCCCGCCUGAUCAGCCGUCUCCGCGAGACCUUUGCUGGAGACGCGAAGGUCCCUACCCGUCGGACUGGCUGGACGCUCACCUGGGACGUGCGUAAAAGUCAGAUCGAGGUCCAAGAAGGCGAGAAUGGGCCCAAGUGGACCCAGAAGGUGGGAGAGCUCCCGCCGAACGUGCAGGAGAUCAUCGCCAAAGGUGGGCUGGAGAAGUGGGUUAAGAGCGCCAUCGGAGCUUGA